CUUCCGUAGGGAUGUUAUUGGGAGAGGAGCGCUGCGAUCCGCUGCAGAGUUUGCUGUCGACCCAAGGGAAGUAGAGGCACAAAUAGAAAGUAAAAAAGCGUCUCGCCACAACCAGGAAGAAGAACGGGGACUUGGCAGUGCAUUAAUCCCAAGGAAUCCCUGAUUGAGGAAGCUACAGUAAUACAAGGUCGAGGAUCGACUCGGGUUUGAUGGCACUUCUUCUCCCACCAGUAACCACAGUCGAGAAGAACAAGGAUUUCUAGGGAAAAUACAUUGGACCAGUUAUUGGACAUGUUAAGGAUCCCUGAGCCCCAAACAGGAAGAGUUUGUAUGCCUGAUCAUAAGGCAUGAAAAGAAUUAAGAAGAAAAGAUUUUGGGCGUCUUGCUUCUGCUUUAUGGCUUCCUUUUUUCUCCUGAUCACUUUCCAGGUGGUUGUAGAACUGGGCAGGUCUGAACAGUUGACCUCACAAAACUCAGUUUUACGAAACGAUGCUUCCAGAGAAGAUGAGUUACAGAAAUAUCCUCUGUUUUUCGAACGGCCAAAACCUGACCACAGUACAAGAAAGAAAUUGCACAAAGGCACGUAUCCCAUCUUGCUGUGGUGGUCUCCACUCACAGGAGAAUCUGGAAGGCAGGCUCAGUGUGGCGAGGAUAUUUGCUUCUUUACCAUUAACAGGACUUACCAACACAAUCCUAUGACUAGAGCCUUUCUUUUUUACGGUACUGAUUUCAGCAUACACAGCUUACCUUUGCCCCGUGCAGACUUCCAUGACUGGGCUCUUUUUCACGAGGAGUCCCCCAAAAACAACUACAAACUUUUCCAAGCUCCUACCAUCACUUUGUUCAACCACACAGCCACUUUCAGCCGCCACUCACACCUAUCGCUUACCACCCAGUAUCUUGAAAGUAUUAAGGCCUUGAUGUCCUUGAAGUACACAGUUUCUUUGCAAAAAAAGAACAGCUUGCGGAAGCGACUUGCGCCGCUGGUCUAUGUACAAUCUGAUUGUGAUCCUCCCUCUGACAGAGACAGUUACAUAAAGGAGCUGAUGGCUCACAUUGAAAUUGAUUCCUACGGGGCUUGUUUGCAUAAUAGAGAUCUUCCAGAGCAUCUCCAAAAUCCAUCAUCCAUGGACAGCGAUAGUUUUUACAAAAUACUUGCUCAGUAUAAAUUCGUCCUGGCUUUUGAGAACUCUGUCUGUGAAGAUUAUAUCACUGAAAAACUCUGGAGGCCCUUAAAGCUGGGAGUGGUGCCUGUUUAUUAUGGCUCUCCCACUGUUCAAGACUGGCUUCCAAGCAACAAGAGUGCCAUUCUCAUCAAAGAUUUUCCACACCCAAGGGACUUGGCUCAGUAUAUCAAAGCUUUGGAUGCAGAUGACAAGGAAUAUCUGGCCUACCUUGAAUGGAAGUUGAAAGGUGACAUUUCCAACAAACAAUUGCUUGCUGUUAUCAAAGAACGCACAUGGGGAGUGCAAGAUAUUAUGAAGGACAACUACAUAGAUGCCUUUGAGUGCAUGGUGUGCACCAGGGUAUGGGAAAAUAUCAGGAGGCAAGCGAAGGGAAUGUUACCAAGAAGAUGGAAAGUAGAAGCAAACCAUCUGAGCUGCCCCAGUCCUCAAGCAUUUACUUUUUCUCCUCUCAGUGUGCAGAGAACUGUGGUAUGGAGAUCAAGCUUUGAACAAUCUAAGAGAGAAGCUCGGGCACUGCAGCAGCUGGUAGAAAACAACAGGAAUUUCACAGCCCUGGAAUUUUGGACUCUGGUUUUUAGAGACUAGUUUAAAAAAAACAAGGAGUACUUACCUCAAGAUAGGAAAACAGCAACCAGAAAAAGCUAGUAGCAAAAUCCAGUGUUUCAGAAUAAAGUAGGAAGCACUUUUAAUUAACCACUGAAUGUAUAAAAAUGUGUAUUUAGUGACUAUUUAUCAUGACCUAUUUCAGGGUUCCCCAGCCUAUGGGCUGCGGCCUGGUACCGGUCCGUGGCCUAGUGACCACCGGGCUGCUGGAAUGGCUGGUGAGUGCAUGCUAGCGACACCGCAAGUGGGGUAGCUGCCGCGAGGGUGCUAGUGGUCAUGUUUGCAGAUGCACGCGAGUGCUAGUGGCUCCAUUUGCACAUGUGCGGGGGCACUAGCACCGCCGGCAGCAUUGCGUGGGCAUUAGCGCGCCGUGGGUGCACGUGGCUGUUUGCACAUUCAUGUAGGCACUAGUGCUGCUGGGAAGUGAGCGGCCUGUAUGCGCAUGUGUGCCUAAGGACAUAAAUUUUCUUGCUCCUCCCUUUCACUCCGGGCUGCCAAACAGGAACAGUUGGGAACCUCUGGCCUAUUUAGUAAUCUUGUAAUGUAUGUUUUUACUGCUAAUACUAAGACAUAUUUUUAACUUGUGUAGAUUAAUACAAGAAUGUAAUAAAAUCCACGCCUUUCCCUCUU